GCUGACAGCAGGCUCCCGGGUCCCCGCCCAGUCCCCUCGCCGGAGGGACACACCCCCGCCCCUCCUCUGCUCCGCCUGUUCCCGCCGGACCCACCGGGCGGCGGAGAGAGCGGGCGGGCGAGCGAGCCGGAGAGCGGCGGCGCGGGAGGGAAGGGGAGCGCGGCAGGCCCAAAGGGAGCCGCCCGGGGCGCACAGAGCCCGCGUGCCCUCCGGGACCGCCCCGGCCAGUGCAGUAUCCGUGGGCACCGGAGCCCGGGCAGCGGCGCACCGGGCCGAAGUGGCGGGUGGCCCGGGCGACCCUGGAAGCAGGGGAAGGAGCCGGAGCCCGGACGGGAUGAGAAGGUGACGCCGCCGGGGGGCGCCACUCGCUUUGUGGGAAGAUGCUCGCCUACUGCGUGCAAGAUGCCACCGUGGUGGACGUGGAGAAGCGGAGGAACCCCUCCAAGCACUACGUGUACAUCAUCAAUGUGACCUGGUCCGACUCCACGUCCCAGACCAUCUACCGGAGGUACAGCAAGUUCUUUGACCUGCAGAUGCAGCUUUUGGACAAGUUUCCCAUCGAAGGUGGACAGAAGGACCCCAAGCAGAGAAUCAUUCCCUUCCUCCCAGGCAAAAUCCUCUUCCGGAGAAGCCACAUCCGGGACGUAGCCGUGAGGAGGCUGAAGCCCAUCGACGAGUACUGCCGGGCGCUGGUCCGGCUGCCUCCCCACAUUUCACAGUGUGACGAAGUCUUCCAGUUCUUCGAGGCCCGACCAGAGGACGUCAACCCCCCAAAAGAGGACUAUGGCAGUUCCAAGAGGAAAUCAGUGUGGCUCUCCAGCUGGGCCGAGUCUCCCAAAAAGGACGUGACAGGUGCCGACACCAGCGCCGAGCCCAUGAUCCUGGAACAGUACGUGGUGGUGUCCAACUAUAAGAAGCAGGAGAACUCGGAGCUGAGCCUCCAGGCCGGGGAGGUGGUGGAUGUCAUUGAGAAGAACGAAAGCGGCUGGUGGUUCGUGAGCACCUCCGAGGAGCAGGGCUGGGUCCCUGCCACCUACCUGGAGGCCCAGAAUGGUACUCGAGAUGACUCAGACAUCAACACCUCCAAGACUGGGGAAGUGUCCAAGAGACGCAAGGCCCAUCUGCGGCGCCUGGAUCGCCGGUGGACCCUGGGCGGGAUGGUCAACAGGCAGCACAGCCGAGAGGAGAAGUAUGUCACUGUGCAGCCUUACACCAGCCAAAGCAAGGACGAGAUUGGCUUUGAGAAGGGCGUCACUGUGGAGGUGAUCAGGAAGAAUUUGGAGGGCUGGUGGUACAUCAGAUACCUGGGCAAAGAAGGCUGGGCACCAGCAUCCUACCUGAAGAAGGCCAAGGAAGACCUGCCAGCACGGAAGAAGAACCUGGCGGGCCCAGUGGAGAUCAUCGGGAACAUCAUGGAGAUCAGCAACCUGCUGAACAAAAAGGCAUCGGGGGACAAAGAGACUCCACCAGCCGAAGGCGAGGGCCCGGAGGCCCCCGUCGCCAAGAAGGAGAUCAGCCUGCCCAUCCUCUGCAACGCCUCCAACGGCAGCGCCCUGGCGGUCCCCGAGAGGACCGUCUCCAAGCUGGCCCAGAGCUCCCCGGCCGUCGCCAGGAUUGCCCCUCAGAGGGCCCAGAUCAGCUCGCCGAACCUCAGGACUAGGCCUCCCCCUCGCCGAGAAUCCAGCCUGGGGUUCCAGCUGCCGAAGCCACCAGAGCCCCCUUCUGUUGAGGUGGAGUACUACACCAUUGCCGAAUUCCAGUCGUGCAUUUCUGACGGGAUCAGCUUUCGGGGUGGACAGAAGGCAGAGGUCAUCGACAAGAACUCAGGUGGCUGGUGGUACGUGCAGAUCGGUGAGAAGGAGGGCUGGGCCCCCGCGUCCUACAUCGACAAGCGCAAGAAGCCCAACCUGAGCCGCCGUACGAGCACACUGACCCGGCCCAAGGUGCCCCCCCCGGCGCCCCCCAGCAAGCCCAAGGAGGCUGAGGAGGGUCCGGCGGGCACUAGUGAGAGCCAGGGCUCCCCGCUGAAGCUCAAGUAUGAGGAGCCUGAGUAUGACAUCCCUGCCUUUGGCUUCGACUCGGAGCCAGAGCUGAGUGAGGAGCCCGCGGAGGACAGAGGCUCGGGGGACAAGCGGCCGGCCCAGCCCCGCAGGCCCUCGCCCGCCUCCUCGCUGCAGCGGGCCCGCUUCAAGGUCGGCGGGUCCUCGGAGGACGUGGCCCCGGAAGAGGAGACCAUCUACGAGAACGAGGGCUUCCGGCCGUGUGCAGAGGACACCCUGUCCGCCGGACGUUCCUCCCGGGGCAGCGACUCCCCGGGGGACUCCCCGCUGUCCCUUGCCAGGAAGAACUCCCCCAAAUCAGACUCCCCCAAGUCCUCCUCUCUCCUGAAGCUCAAGGCAGAGAAGAACGCCCAGGCGGAGCUGGGGAAGAACCACUCCUCAGCCUCCUUCUCCUCGUCCAUCACCAUCAACACCACCUGCUCCUCCUCCUCCUCGUCCUCCUCCUUGUCCAAGCACAGCAGCGACCUGAAGCCCCGUUCCGCCUCGGAUGCAGGCAUCCGCGGCACGCCCAAGGUCGGGGCGAAGAGGGACGCCGACCUGAAGGCAGGACUGACCUCCUGUGCCCGGGCCAAGCCGUCGGUCCGGCCCAAGCCGUUCCUGAACAGAGCGGAGUCCCCCAGCCAAGAGAAGAUGGACAUCAGCACUUUGCGGCGCCAGCUGAGACCCACGGGCCAGCUCCGGGGGGGCCUCAAGGGCUCCAAGAGUGAGGAUUCAGAGCUGCCCCCCCAGGCGGCCUCCGAGGGUCCCAACGAGGGGUCCAGGAGAGGCUCGGCUGACAUCAUCCCCCUCCCGGCGGCCGCGUCCCCACGUCCCACCAAGAAGGGGCGGGAAGGGCAGGCCACCUCCUACACCACGUGCAGCGCCUACCAGAAGGUCCAGGACUCCGAGAUCAGUUUCCCCGCAGGCGUGGAGGUGCAGGUGCUUGAGAAGUUGGAGAGCGGCUGGUGGUAUGUGAGGUUUGGGGAGCUGGAGGGCUGGGCCCCUUCCCAUUACUUGGUGCCGGGUGAGAACGAGCCGCCGGACCCCGCUGGCAAAGAGCCAGACGCGGUAGCCGCCAAGGGCAAGCAGGAGGGCAAGUCAGACAGCCUGGAGAAGAUCGAGAGGCGGGUGCAAGCGCUGAACACCGUCAACCAGAGCAAGCGGGCCACGCCCCCCAUCCCCUCCAAGCCCCCCGGGGGCUUCGGCAAGACUCCGGGGGCCGGGGUGGUGAAAAUGAGGAAUGGCGUUCGGCAGGUGGCGGUGCGGCCCCAGUCGGUGUUCGUGUCCCCACCCCCCAAGGACAACAACCUGUCCUGCGCCCUUCGGAGGAACGAGUCGCUCACAGCCACCGACGGCCUCCGAGGCGUCCGCCGGAACUCCUCCUUCAGCGCCGCCCGCUCCGCUGCCGCGGAGGCCAAGGGCCGCCUGCCCGAGCGGGCCGCCAGCCAGGGCUCAGACACGCCUCUGCUGCCCACGCAGCGCAAUGGCAUCCCUGUGUCCCCCGUGCGCCCCAAGCCCAUCGAGAAGUCCCAGUUCAUCCACAACAAUCUCAAAGACGUGUACGUCUCGAUCGCGGACUAUGAGGGGGACGAGGAGACGGCGGGCUUCCAGGAGGGUGUGUCCAUGGAGGUCCUGGAGAGGAACCCCAACGGCUGGUGGUACUGCCAGAUCCUGGACGGGGCGCGGCCCUUCAAAGGCUGGGUGCCCUCCAACUACCUGGAAAAAAAGAACUAACUAACGGGGAAGGGUCCUUCCAGCCUGAGGGUGGAUGGGGGUGGAGCAAAGACAAUAGGGGAAGGGAAAACGGGAGGGGGGUGGGGGGAGGGCUACAUUGAACCCUGCAGAAGGGGUGACCUCAAGGAUACUCCCCUCCGGGCUGUCCCCCAGCUGGAAGGUAAGGUCCAGCGGAGGCCCACCUUCAGCAGGAGGCCUGGGCCCAGAGGUGAGACAGCGGAGCCCCACGCGUGCACCGUGGUGGCUUCGCUGGUGGGCUCGGUGCCACUGGGGACAGGCCCCGUGGGCAACCCCAGCCGGGCGGGGCCAUGGCUGCAGACCUGGGAAAGAUGUGGUCGAAGGGGCCUCCUGUGCCCUGCCCUCGGGCAGCCCUGUUCCUGUUGUUGGCACCUCGUCACCAGAGGUGGCCCUCGUAUCGUCCUCACCUGUCAUCGUGAAUUGUGCUGGUUGCCCAGGGAUCACCGCCACCCACCACCGGUGGUCGGGCAGAAGACACCGCUGGCUUUGAGGCUUGGACACGUGUCCUAUGAGCUCCACCUGCCCCUGGCCAGGCCACUGUCAGUGUCCGCUCGUUGAAGAAAAAGCAGUUCCCCCGGUGCCCGCAGGGACCACCUUUCUUAGCCGUCACUGACCGUGAGCAGAGAGCCCGUGCUGCCCGGCGCCCGUGGGGGCCCACGGGCCCAGUCAGCAGAGCAGACGGGGCCUCCUCACGGUCUGCACAGACUUCAUUGUGGACAUUUCUGGGUGCACAGUUCUUGUGCAUGUUUUGGGGGAGGUUUAUUGAUUUUAGGCUUUUAUGUUGGGCCUUGGGUUUUGUUCUUAUUUUAGGGGUUGUUUGGGGGCCUAGGGACGGUCGGCCUCACGGGAGGGUAAUGGGUGGCCUCCCCUGCGGCACUCUCGCAGGGAGGCGGUUCGGUUGUGUUUGACGUGCGUCCCCGGAGUCAUUUCACUUGGUUUCCGCUGUGUGGACAGUUCCAGAGCCCGGCACUUGCCGGAGGCACCGGGGGCUGGAGAAGCCCCAGGUCCCAGACACCUGAAGCCCGGCCCCAGGAGGGAGGAGGGGCUCGUUCAGGAGAAACGGUGGCUCUCAGGCCGCUGGGUGACCGCCGUUCUGUGUACAUUGUCCCGCUUGGGCAGGACUUGAAAGCCUCACGUGCGAACUAUGGAGAAGCGGUCAUCGCCCCACUCCUGGUCUGAGGGGACCCGGGCUGGGCCCCUUGGGCCAGACUGGAGCAGACACCACCAGCCACCCCCCAGCCUGCAAGCGAUGCCGCAGUUACCCAAGAAGAUGGAGAAGCCCGGGCCGGGAGCUGACCUGGUCUUCCCGAGGGGCAGUGCCCCUGGAAAGAUAGAAGUGAGAGAAUCAAGUCCCUGUCAACUUUGGGUCUUGCAAUUGUCGAUGUUUCCAAGGGGACCCUCCAAGAAGCCGAAGCGGCUUCCCAAGGACUCACCCUUUGCUGGGAGUGGGUCUGCACACGUGCCUUUGAUUUCGGACAGAUCAGGCCUCACAGCCACGAUUCAGCUGCCAGAGUCCUGGGCUAAGGGUUGGUGUUCUCUGCAGAGGGGGAAAGGCCCUCUCUCCACCCCUGCUCCCCGCCCAGGAAGUGCAUGUUGCCUGAAGGUGAGCAAGGGGCCCAGGUCUCACGCCUUCAGUGCCCCCUCCCGCCCCCCGCCCCCCACCCCCAGGCCUUGCCUGGGACCCCCCCAGCCCUCCUCCAUCCCCUCCAUCCCCUACACUGACGCCCGGCAGCUCGUGUUCUCUGUUAAAGGGCCGUGGUGAGAUUUUGUUUCCUUUUGUUUUGUUUGUGAGUUUGUUUAAAAUCGAAAUUAGUUAUUUUCUUCUGCUGGACAGUAUUAUAUAGAGCAGGAUAUUGAGUUAAUCUGCUAGAUUGCAGUACUAAUAGUAGUGGUUUAGUGUCUUCAUAUUAAUAUUAUUUGGACUUCUUUGAACAAUAAUGAUAAAGAAGUGGUUCAUUAUUUUUUUAAUUAAUGCACUUUAAUAAGGUAGAAUGGAAAGAAACCCAGAGAGCAAAGUGCAUUACUUAAAGAUGCAGUAUAUACUUUUCUCAUUUUUAAGCAGCACAUAUUUAUUAAAAGAAAAAAAGUAAUUUAUGAUUAUUUAAAAUAAAAUUUAAAAGUAGAGUGACUUUUGGGUGAAAGGACCUUCCGCGGAGCUGUCUUCCAGGGCAGGGCCCCAGCGGCCUCACUCCUCAGACGUCUGCACUGAGCCAGUUCGAUCCGCAUCACGACGGCCAGGCCAGGAAGGCGUGCAGGGCGCAUCUGCCGCGCACAGAGCAUCUCAGUCGGACUGGACCACAGCGCUCCCCAGCGCCUGUCUCUCCCUGCCCUUCCUCACUGUCUGCACUGCCCCGCCGGGCUCUCUACCACCACCAGGGCCCGCAUUUCCCCAGCUCCACCCCACCCCCCAUGACCUUCCCUCCUUGAUCCCCAGUGCUCUAAGGGAUGGUCAUUAAAAGUGACCUCAUAGGUCACACCAUCCCAUCCCUUCCUGUUACUGCAGCCCGAGGACAGGAAACGACUUUCCCAAAAUCACGUAGCUAAGUUGGAUGGCAGACCCCCCACACUGCAUCGGUGCUUGCACUCCUACCCGCCCCCAUUAGAGUUUAUUGUGUGGUCAUCGUGUUUACAUUGUGGCACCCAGCCCUAAGGAUGGCUGGGAGUUGCUCAGGCAUCCAGGAAACGUGGGGAAUGGUGCCACCUGGUGGCAGCAUGUAGAUUUGGGCAGUGAACAGGGAUUGCCAUGCCCCAUCUUUGCCCCUCGCCCCUCACCAUCACCCCCUAGUACACAGCACAGCACAAACCCUGCAAACCGAAAGAGAAUAUUAAUACUUGAAGCAAAAAGGGUGCAUGCCAGUCCCUCUCAGACACAGCCAGGGGAUGCCAGGCCUUGCGCCCCUGGACGCCGAGCCCUCCCCAGGGCAAGAGGGCCUUUCCUUAGAGCUACUGAGCAGCUUUGUGAUGUUGGAGGGUACUGCUAGCAGCAGGUGGAGGAGGGAGGGGCCUGUGGCUCUGACCCAUCUGGAGGAAAACCAGAUCGGACUCAAAAAAGGAAAAAGAAAAAUGAAAUCUCAGCAGUGUCCAAACCUAGUUUUCCAUUAGUUGCGAUUGAAAAUGUGAAAUGACAUUGUACGGCUGUAUACUGCAACUUUAAUCAUAAUGAGCCCUUCUGAGGUCAUUAUUGAGGUUUAUAUAAUGCCUGACGAUGCAUCAUUGGUGCUUUUUCUUUCCGUCGAGGGACUUUUUCUUUUAUUACAAGGGGAAAACAAUGUCUUCAUCUCUCUUCCACUUUAUAACAGCGGGCCUGGCUGGGCUUCCUGGCCCCACCAUGCCAUUUCCACGAGGCCAGGGGAGCGCCGAGGCAGCGAGAGGGGGCUGGGAGGGAGGGACCCUCCACAGCAGGUGUGCCGUUUUGUCUGCUUGGAGCUGCGGUGGGGCCCUGCCUCGCCAGCCCUUGGCCCCGCCCACCGCCAGCCUGGCUCCAGCCGCCGCUCUUUGUUCCUCCUCAAUCCUCCGUCUUGACGAAGGCAUUAUAUAGAAUCAUUUUAAUCACUUUCAGAUGUUAGAGCAGCGUAUUUUACUGGCAUUUAUCCAUCGCUUUCCUCAGCAAGGCAUGUUACUACUCUUAAUCAUCUAAGGAAAAAAGACAAGGGAAUUUUGGUCAAGCAUUAUUUUCAUAUUACUAGUAUUUGCAGAAUAGGCGUAGAACUAUUUAAGUUAGACCUUGGGUUGGUAGUUCGUUUUGUUUUUAAGUGGGGGGAGAGAUAAGGUAACCCCUACUUUUUUUGUAUUUAACUAAUAUAUUAUUUCUUUAAGGUUACUCACUUCCCCUAUUCCCUCCAAAUACUUUGCAUUCUCAAUCAAAAAUGAAAACAAUCUGAGAGACAGGAAACGUGCAAUAUUACCAAGAGGGAUGCCAGGGCUUGUGGGGACGCGCGGGAGGGCCAGUGGCCGCGUCCGUCGGUAGAGGGGGCGGGGGCUGCUGGGAGGAGUCAGAGCCUCGGACCAGACAGGCGGCCUUGUGAGUGUUGAUCUUUUUCCCCUCCUGCCCCACUUCCCUGGCAAGGUGGCAGGGGUCCCCACCAGCAGGCAGCCCCUUUUUCUGUUGGGUGUCAUCCACCCAGAAGAAGGGGAUUCAGGGAAGCAGUGUGGGGCCCCCUGGGGCCCCAGCCCGCAGAGCAGAGCAAGGGCAUCCAGAAACUGUUCCUUGUUUUCAUUUCCGUUUGUCAGCCAGCUGCUAAGAAAGACCUGUCCUACAACACUCCCAGCAGCCCUCUCUCACCCCAUCUCCUGAUGUGUGGGCCAUGAUCCUUUGGAUGUAUGUUUGAGUCUUUCUAAAACUAUGUAACCUCAAGUUCAGUUCAUGGGCAGGAACCCUAGAUGUAAUCAGAUCUUCCUGGGGAAGGCGGGUGCCUUCAGCCCUGUGAGAUAUAUCCCAGUGAGACACCAGUUCCCACAGGCCUGCAGCUGGGCCUGGUGCUAAGCCCGGGCCACCCAUUCAUCUCAAUGACCAGCCGGGGAGCGAGCCCCGCCUCUGCUCAACACCCCAACAGUCCCCAGAGGGUCUCGGAGAAGCAUCUGAGGGGCCCACUCAUGUCUCUGUGGACAGAACUGUCCACCACAGGUACCAAAGCGGCCCCCUCCUAACUUGGCACAGGUAGAGAGCGCAGCAGGGUGGGAAGUCUCUGGGUCCGAGCCCUUGGAGCUCUGCUCCUCGGCUGCGAAGGACAUCCUUGCCGGCUUGUUCCCUCCACCGCCAGUACUGUACACUUGCCGCUCCAUCCCUUCUGUCUGGUGACUUCCUGUGCAAAUGUGGGUCUACGUGCCAAGUGGGACUGUGGCCCCGUGCAUGGGUGUCUCUCCUUGAGUGUGUAUGCCUGUGUACAACCUUUGAGAAUCUUGACGCAGAGCUCUCUGGAAAAAGAACCAUCCACGUAGCUAAAGAAUUAAGAUUCCCUCACUUUUUUGAGGGCCGUGUGCUGUUGAGAAAUUGUGUGUGUGCAUGCACACGCGUGUGAGUGUUGCAAAUUUCCCACUUGAACUAAGUAAAAUGGGGUUCGAGAAGCAGAACACCAGG